AUGACGCAACCACCGGCUGAUACGCAAUGGUUGGGCCAGACUGCCCAAAGGCGACUGCAUACAAAGUCUCGCGGCAUCCACACCCUCCUGUUUCAGUCGCAUUACAUCACCGUCUCCUACCAUAACACACUUCCUCAUACCCAGCUACCGCCGAUUACUACACCCCAACGCGUACUCAUCAAAUCCAUCAUGUCUUCUGGCUUCAGCAAUACGGAUACCGGCUCCAAGAAUGCCGACCCCUACACACAGAAGAAUCUCCAAGAGCCCCCUCUGAAGGAGAAGGUUGAGGACCUCUUCGAGUUUGUAGACAAGACCAAGUUCUGUUUGUUGACUACACAAGUUGCCGACAGUGAUCUGUUGGCUUCACGAGCCAUGGCUGUAGCAGCAAAAGAAGGAAACGGCUUCGAUAUCCUAUUUCACACCAACACCGAGUCAGGCAAAACUGACGACCUCAAGGAGCAUGCAGCAGUCAACGUUGGCUUCAUCAACAACUCUGGCGAGUGGGCUUCCAUUUCUGGCCACGCAUCCAUCGAGACCAACCGUGACAUUGUUCGCAAGCACUACUCUCCCGCAUUAAAGGCAUGGCUCGGUGAUCUCGGUGACGGCAAGCACGACGGUGGCCCAGAGGAUCCGCGUAUUGGUAUCAUCCGCGUCAAGGCCAGCACCGCACAGUAUGCAGUAUCGAAGAAGACUCAGAUUGGCGGGUUCGUUGAGUUGGCAAAAGGCAUUGCAACUGGCGAGAGCCCGAGUGUGAACAAGCUGAGGCGUAUCAGCGAGUCGGAGAUUCGACAGUGGAAGUCACAGUAA